AUGGGAGGGAUGCGUAUUCUUAUCGAGAGAUCUGUUCCACGAAAGGGUAUUCUUCUCCAGAGACCAGGUCGGGAGCAGGGUCGGGAGGGGAGGCAGAGUCUGUACAGAGGUUCAAUAUCAUGGCUCGUCGUUGCAAGGAGCGCAACGAUUGAGUUCGAUGUAUUUGGCAGACACACUGAUGUUUGUGUUUCAGCCUUCCCAAUCCCCAUGGCUGAAGGGUGUGGCAACUUUGCGGUUGUCCCUCAGGUCUUCAAGGAUCGCCUAAAUGAUUUCGCCGAGAAUUUCCUUGUUGUCAUGGACUGCCAUGAGUUCAAGUAUGACUUGCACAUCCAAAUUGGGAACGACGACACUUUGCCGCCCAGUGUAGUAGCGCCACCAAGCAAUUGGUUGUAUUGGUUCCUCAAGGGGGUAGCAUUAGCAAGGCAAGCAAGGAUGAUCCAGAACGGCGUCGACGACCCCCUCGCCCUCUCCCUCGGAUCCAUCUACUCCGCCGUUCCUUCUCCGCCGCCUGCGCCUGCGCGCUCCAUCCGCCGCCGCCUCAACAACUCCGCGCCCAGCCAGCAGCAGCCGGAGCCGCCAUCCGACGGCGCGGCCGCGGCCGCGGACGGGAGCGCCGCCCCCGCCGCGCCGCCGCUCCCGUGGGCGACGGAGCGGCCCGCGCGGCACGAGACCCUGGAGAUCCUGCUGUCCCACGGCGUCACGACCGUGGAGGGCGAGGCGCGGUGCAAGCGCUGCAACUGCAAGGCCACCGUGGCGUACGACCUGGCCGCCAAGUUCACGGAGGUGCGCGACUACGUGGCCGCGCACCGGCACGAGUUCAACGACCGCGCGCCCGAGGCCUGGAUGAACCCAGCGCUGCCCGACUGCGCGGCCUGCGGGGAGAAGCGCUGCGUGUCGCCCGUGAUCCCCGACGACAAGGGCGAGAUCAACUGGCUCUUCCUCCUGCUGGGCCAGCUGCUGGGCUGCUGCACGCUCGAGCAGCUCAAGUUCUUCUGCAAGAACACCGGCAGGCACCGCACCGGCGCCAAGAACCGGGUCCUCUACUACGCCUUCCUGGAGAUGUGCAAGCAGCUCGACCCGCGGGGGCCGUUCGACGAUUCCGUCGCCAACGGUAAUGGCUUCCUGCACGCCUGAUCUAUCGCUCUCGCUAUGGCUACCGCGCAGAUGGACUUCCUGAUAUCAUGGUGUUUUGUGUUGUUGAUCGAUCUAGUGAUUUUUUGGGUAUGAAUAAGAUAGAUGACGAGGAAAGAACAGUUUCUGUCGAUUUGAUUUAGUUAUCUUGGAUCAUUAUGAUUUGGCAGACUCAUUAUUGUAAGUGGAUUUUACCGAAAAGGAUUAUUUAUACUGCAGUGAAAAUGUAGUGUGACUAUCA